AUGCCGGUGAAAGAGAAGGACGAAGUCCUUCUAGAAGAUAUCAAAGAGGAUCUCCAAAACAUAAGAGCAACAAUCAUGGCGUCCGGGGACAUCUCCAGGCUCGACGAAUAUAACUUCGAAAGCCUCUUUGGAAUAUACAAGAAUCCAGAGCAACAGGUUGUGUUUAUAAGAACCGUAUACAAGCAAAUAACGCGCGAAGUCUUAAAGUUCCUCUCUUCCAAGCACAUUCCAGAGGCAAUGGUCAACAUAUGUGUUCUUUACGAGGUGUUUAAAAGUCAGCGGGGAUAUAUCGAUGUUGAGAUGAGCCUGGAAGAUGUGGAGUGCAUCAAUCAGCAUGUGUACAGAUUGGGCAAGAAAGAAAAUGCAGGUAUUAUCCGGGAAGGGAUGUGUGCAUGGAAUUGCCUGAAAAGAAAAAAGGCCAUUCGAAUAUGUGUGAUGCCAUUUCCAGAUGACGAGCAAAGUUUAAUGGCGAUUGAAGAAGAGCUGGAGAGCAUAUCGAAAACCCUUGACAACUGGGACGAGUCUAGAAAUGAGAGCUGUAUAGAUUAA